CUUGGUAUCGUUUGCUCCUGUCAUUUUUCUCACACUGUCGCCAAAUUUUGCGAGCAUUCAGGAUUAUGUGAUAUGAACCCUGGAGAUGCUGUCCGCAUGGAAAGUGGAGAGACCAUUGCACGAUGGCGGAACUCAGCUUUGAGAAGUUUGGGCAACGAGAACACUGGAUGGUGAUGUUUUUCUGAUGCUUUAGAUCAGGGUUCCGGAAGAUCAUAGUGGAUGGGACUGGCCUGAAGGACUAAUCCAACUACUGAUUUGGUGAAAUCCAGUGCAGCCAUGCUGAAAUAUCUAGUACUUCUCAUGUGGCUAAUCUGGUUAGUUCAUCUCAAGGUUUGUCAAGGUGCAUGGACAAUUCCAUGUUUCUGAGUAAAAAUUCUGCCACUGGUCUCUUGCCUAACAAACAAGAGCGAAAGAAUGAGGGUAAUAUAACUUUCUUCUCAAGCACAUUUUUGGUGCUUCCCGAAGCAAUUUGCACGAUGUUGCUGAUGGCCAGAUAAUGGAGUCUGCUUUCUGUAAGAGUUCAGCAAUGUCAACUUCUGGUGAUAGGGAUUCAGAUAAUGGUUGUCAGUCCAUGUCUGCCUGGAUUGAUUCUAUAUUGAAGACUGGAAACUCAUCUCUUACCCACUCUAGUUUGCAAAAUUUAAGAACCUUGGGCCGGAAUUAUGAUGCAAGUGCAUCUAGAAUCACAGAUGAUGUAAUUUCUGACAGACGCCGCUUCCUCAAAUGUGGAGUUAAAGCUUGGACAACCAUAUCAGCCAAGUCAGUUAUAGGAAACUAUGCUUUACCAGUUAUACCCAACAUUUUGACACGGGUAUUAAUCCUUCUAAGUCAUGCUAUUCUGAGAAGAUGGUUGGUCGUGCUACGUUUUGCGGGGAGGAAGAAUCUAGGCAAUAUUGUCAUCAGGCUGCAGACUCUUAUAACCACUACAAGAAAACCACAAAGCCUAUUGGACUUUGGUAACCAUGUGUUUGCUGCCAGCAGUCUUGUGGAUGCUACCAAACCAGAAAGCAGAGGUGAUGUCACCAAAAGUGUAGUAGUUCCCUUAUUUCCAGAGCUCCCGCUGGAAGGGAGUGCAUGCUCUAAAGGUACUAAUAAUAUGGUCAGUGAAUGUAGUACGCCAAAGAUAUUUCAUUGUGGAUCUAAUACUACCAAGUUUGACCCACUAAAUGCUCCCAUGAAAACUGGAAAUUGUUCAGGGAGGCAGUUGAAUAUGCCUGAGUUAGGUUUCUGCAGAUUAACAGAAAAAGGAAAAGUUGCAGGAUUGGGAUGUGUUCCUGUUGGCUUUUCUGAUGCAAUAGAUCCGCAUUUAGAAUCCAUAAGGAGGUGGAAAGUUCUAGGAAUGUCACUGGUGUGGUGCCUGGAUUUUCUGCAGUGCUCGACAUGCCUGUCAAUCGUCUAA